AUGGCCGAUGAUGGAGUCAAUCCGAAGGCCUACCCGUUGGCCGACACCCAGCUCUCCCAGAAGCUCCUCGACCUCGUCCAACAGGCCAUGAACUACAAGCAGCUGAAGAAGGGCGCCAACGAGGCCACGAAGACGCUCAACCGCGGCAUUGCUGAGGUGAUCAUCAUGGCGGCCGACGCCGAGCCCCUCGAGAUCAUUCUGCACCUGCCGCUGCUCUGCGAGGACAAGAACGUGCCGUACGUGUUCGUGAAGAUUGCGAUGAGCGACUCCGGCGACAACCCGCCCGCCGUCUGCUCAUUCCGCAAAGGAGGGCGCAAGCGUGCGCAACUACGUCAGCGUGUCGAUCAGCCCAAAGAGGACAGCGAGCACAGCGGUGAUGAGGCCGAGGCGCAACGCGAAGUUUUCAUCAAGAAACGCCGGAAGAAUCCAAUGGUGCAGACGACAAAGAAGGAGACUGAUUCGGCACGGCGUCCGCGUGCCGGCUCUUCAUCAUCAGACGAUUCGGGGCCCGGUGGACCGCUCGAUUCAUUUCAAGCGUCAGGCACGGCAGAACCACAUGGUCCGAAAGACAUGGGUGCCACCUCGAUUCUCCAGGUCGACACCGACUACGCGCACGAUGCCCAAGCACAGUUCGAGCGCGUGCAGAAGAUGCUCGAGGAGGGCGGGAUGGUUGAUAAGGAGGGGCGGACCCUGUACAAAGGCGCCGCGAUGUACGGCGCGAAAAAGGCCGAGGACAAUGCGAAGGGGAGCGCUAGUUCAGGGUUAAAUCGGAUCGGGCCGAUCCGCGCCCCACAGCACAUGCGCCAGACCGUCCUCUGGGACUACAAGCCGGAUCUGUGCAAGGAUUGGAAAGAGACGGGAAUGUGUACUUUUGGAGAUUCCUGCAAGUUCAUCCACGACCGCACCGACUACAAACACGGCUGGGAGAUUGACCGCGAUUUCGAGGAGGAGCAGAAGAAGAAAAAGGGCCAGCACGUCGAGGAGGAAAACUGGGAAAUCCACUCCGACGAGGAGGACAAUCUGCCCGAAGAGUGUCAAAUCUGCAACGAAGAGUUCGACAACCCAGUUGUUACAAAAUGCAAACACUACUUCUGCGAAUCCUGCGCCAUCUCCGCGUUCCGAAAAUCCAAGCGAUGUCAAGUGUGCGACGAGAACACCGGCGGCGUCUUCAACCCGGCCCGCGACGUCAUCGCCAAGAUCGAGGCGAAGAAGAAAUUGGCAGAACAAUCUCCGGCCGAGGAUUCGGAUGAGGGUGAAGCCGGCCCGGAUGUGACCGAGGACACACAUAUGGAGAUGCUCAACGAGAAUGGGGAAGAGCCGGAAGAUGCGGCGCCGAAGAAGUCGCGUAAGGCCAAGGUCAAGGAGACGCUCGACUAUAUGGAGGAUGUUGUGCCCGACUACGAGAGCGAUGGUGAGCGGAAAAGACGGAAGGCCAGAGAAGCGGAAGCGCAAGCUGCUGCGGAAAAUAGCAGCGACGUCGACGACGAAUCGGGCCCUUCCGGUGACGAGUCGAACGCCGAGGAGCAGCUCGUCGAGGACACGCCAAUGGAAUUCUUGGAUGAGCAGACCCCCGAAGCGGAUCCUGUUGAC